GUUUUAUAAUCGUCCGCUAGAUGUCCGACAGAAAAUGACAGCUGACCAGGUGGCAACUGACAAGCAAAAUUGUAAAGUGAGAAAGAGAUCCAAAAAGGGAUAGCAGUAUGUCUGACUGGGAUACCGUAACUGUAUUGAAGAAGAGGGCCCCAAAGGCUUCAGCAAUGAAGAGCGAACAAGCCGUCAAUGCUGCACGGAGACAAGGCCUUGCCGUGGAGACCCAAGCGAAGUGGGGUGCUGGUAGUAACAAACAGCAUGUCACCACAAAGAAUACAGCAAAGCUUGAUCGUGAGACUGAAGAACUGAAACACGAAACCAUUCCAUUGGACGUUGGCAAGUUAAUUCAGCAAGGGCGUCAAGCUAAAGGCCUCAGCCAGAAGGAUCUUGCUACAAAAAUAAACGAGAAACCACAGGUGAUUACAGACUACGAGGCCGGCAGAGGAGUUCCAAACAAUAUAAUAAUCGGAAAGAUCGAGCGGGUGAUUGGUCUAAAGCUGAGGGGCAAAGAUCGCGGCAAACCACUUCUUCCCCCAGGGGACAAGAAGUAAGCUAGGUUCAUCCUGGGGGCGUCCAAAACUACUUUGCUGUUUUAGGUUUAGGUGCGUUUUUUUGUUGUGUAUGUUAGAUCUAUGGAGUAGAAAUUGUGGCUGCAUCAUUUAGGCCAAGGUUAGACAUUGUUUCUGCCACUUCACAUGCCAUAGAGAGGAACGCACGCUUUUUGUGCGAGAACUAGAACGUUUUACAAAGAUCACAUUGGACUUAUUUUGAAGCAAUGAUAUCAGAAUCAUUCCAAAGGCUAUCUUCUAUAUUAUUUCGUGGCCUCUCCCAUGGAUGUUUACAUGUAUACAGCUAGUCUUAUAAGAAAUUGACUAUCGAGUCUAAGAUUACCACUUCGAUGAUAGAAACCAUACAAGUUCUGAAAAGUUUUUUUUAAUAGUUUAAUGUCCUAAUUAUCCCAUGUGUUGAUAUAACGCAAUACUGUGUUCUAUUUUGGCUUCAAGAUGCAGCUCUGAUUUGCUGCUUGUAGAAAUCAGAUAGUAAAUGCAAGAUUUCACUUAAAUCACGUAUAUUUGUAGUACUUCUACAUUCUUGUGGGAACUCGCAAAAUGUUUGUUAUGGUCUUUACUUGUAGAAUUUUAUAUCCCAAUCAAUGUUUACUACUUUUGAAUGAAUUUUGAGAACUGUUGUAGAUAUCUCGUACUAAGAAAUAAAAAAUAUUUCAUCAUCAGUUAUUAACAUACUCGUUUUUUGUUAUGGAUCUAUAUAUGAUAUAAAUGUAAGUGAUAAAACUGAAUAUAAUCCGGGGUAUUUUGUAAAAUUAGUUGUCAAUGUGUUUAUAUGAUUUAUAACUUUUUGAAGUAAUACAAGCGUAAAUAUUUUUCCUGAACCUCAUCCAAAUCCAAGACAUAGUGGAUGUAAACACAAACAUGCACUGUAGAUGCGCUGAUGACCUGAAGAACCGGAUUGCUUGAUUGCAGUCCUGUUCUACUACUGGUCGCGGCGAAGCAUGCCGUAUAUCUCAAAUUUACCAAUGUUCACUGACCCGUCCACCUGUUUAAGCGAUCACUUGAUCGUGCUUCCUAUGAUUGACACCAUCUUGGAUUUGGGUCAGGUGUAGAUGAGUUUUAUUUUUAUUCCACAUACAAAGGUUCAAUUUUUAGGUACCUAUGUGUUUAACAUUUCAGGGAAUGUUAGUAUGCUGAGUACCAGUGGUCUACAUUUUUCAUAUACUUUUUCCAAUGACUUACCUUUUUUGUCAUGUUUCUUUAUUAAUUGCAACAACAGUUUAGUAUGUUGACUAGUAAUAUUUAACCUCAAACGCAAGUUAGCGGUUGGUGCUGCAGAUACCACUUGAUCGGCUUAUUCUGUUAUUCAUGUGGCUAUUUUGUUUAGUAUUUUAACAGCAGGUAUUAUCUCUAACUGUCCCUAUCUGCUUGAGUUAAAGUACUUCCACGAAAUUCAACUAUCUAGGAAUAAUUUGAACCUGAAAUAACCGUUUCUGAUUAUUUGGUUCACACUGUGGACGCGUUUUUCUUAGUUCCAGGUUAACUGCAGAUACCCUCGCUGAGCUUAGCAUAGCGGUAUUUUGCAAGAUGUUUCCCUGCGUGUUUGAACUCCUGUUUAUGUAUUUUCAUCCAGUCUCCAUCUGCCGGUCUGCUCCAGAAAAUAUUAUUGUGAUGACCAAGACAUGUUACUCACAUGAUACUUAGAAGUAUUGGCCAGAAUCUCCUGGGCCAACAACGCACUCCACACGUUUCAAUAUUCUCGAGACGCACCAGGUUAUCUGAUUUAUCGUACAUGACAUAAUUCUUUUCAGAUGUAAUGAGGUCAUAGUCGGCAACUCGAACCACAAAUGUUGAAAAUAGACUUUAGUAGCAUUUCUGACACCUCGGCGCUCCUUUUCAGAGCUCUAAAUAAAAACAUUGGCAAGUGAACAUAAGGAAAUAUGCAUUGCAGGACCGCUGCCAGAACACCCUGGUUGACCAUUAUGCAAUUUUGACUACCAGUGCUGCAUUUGAGUUUUUAAUGGAUCUGAAAUGCGUUAAUUAGCACUUUGGCACAUUUUCUUUGACUUGUGAGAAAUGAGCCUGCUUUGCAGACAGGAUCAAAUGAUGAAAAAAAUCCUGAAAAAAUGUCACCAGUAGCAUUUGGAGGAUAUUAAUUAUAACUUUUCUGGGCCAUACUGAAAUUUCCCUAUAUUUUCUUUAAUUCUACAUUUAACUAGUCUUGAUUGACAAUGGCAGUUAGAGCAUUAAGUUAAAAAUGGGAAUUUACGGUAUCAGGGUACCUGCAGCUUUUUGCAUAUCUUACGCGAACACUAAGACACUGAAAUUAUCUAGAGGUUAUUUUGUAUGACUUUGCUAUCACGAAGUUUUCCGUAACUAUGGGCGGUUUAUUUGGCCAUUUUUCCUAUAAGCCUGCUUGAAUAUGUUGCAAUGGAUUUGACAACGUAUAAAAUUAUUGUUCAGUUGAUUGCUGUGCGUACAUUAAAUCGCCUAUUUUUUCACGGAAUAUUUUCAUCGAUACAUUACUUGGAAAUAUAUCUGUAAAGUGGAUUGAGAAGUAAAAUAUAACUCUAGAAAAAGCAGUACAGUCUCAAAAGUAGCAAUUUUCCACAAAUUCUUGAC